ACUUCCAUUUAGCUUGUGUAUUUGUGUGUGGUACUUUUUACUUGGCCCUGUCGACCGUAUCGAGUUGAGGUAAGUGUCAUUCUUCACAUCCCGGCUACAGCGGCUAUCCUGUAAGGCAAACACUACAACUGGAGUUGCCAGCUGUUGAUCACUAUGAGGGUCGACGGAGAAACCGUUAGCUGGACUAGCGAUUUGUCCAACCGGCGACUAGGCAACGGUCGUUUGGCUACUUCUUUGCCGAACAACUGCUCGCCGUCAAACCUGUCGAAUGAAUGCCCAACCAACAAGCAUGAGAUGUCAUUCAAGCCGAACUCUCCAGGAUCCGAGAUCCCAACGGCGGUACCGGAUUCGGUAGUACAUAGUAUGUCCAUACUAAAAAUACCUGCUCCAAUGAAAAGAGGGUCGACCAUUGAAGAUCUACACAAACACUGGAGAGAAAUGGGAUCACAAGCCCUGGCUACGACCCUGUCUGCUUUAUACGGCAAACUACUGGUGGUCAUGGGCAUUGCUUUUCCCAUGUCCGAAGUGAUAUCCACGCACAUCCCUCAUUCUUUCUACGAGGGCUACUAUUUGUACUUGUAUUUCGGUAGUAUGGCUUUUCUGUUUUACAUGUACGGGAUGCUCCUGAAGGGAAAACCCACGAUGACGCCGGUCAAUGAUGACUACGACAAUUCUGACAGUGAAAUGUCAUCGGAUAGUUCAGGAAACGGCCAAAGCGAUUCCGAGUACUACCGGGAAAAUGCCAACGGAAUCGUCAACCACACCAAGUCCACGAGCGUCGACAUGAACCCUUGGGAACACCAUCAUCACCGCAGGCAUUCAAGCCACUUGAUUCUGCCGUCCACCUUUCAGCAUUACGGCAGUUUCUAUCUCAGAAUGGGCGCUGUCGCUUUUGGCAUAGGAAGCAUGAUUUAUUCCGGAUUGGAAUUUGGUCAGUACUUCGAGCUGGAACCCGCGACCAAAUGCCAUAAUGUCCUACUGGUGUUGACGCCUGCCAUGCGAAUGGCAUUCAUAUUCAUACAAAUGUAUUUCAUAUUUUUGAACGAUGAGCAACAAAUGAGAGUUACGCGACAUCGGAUAUUAGCCAAAUUUGGAUUGAUGCAUAUGAUUGGCACAAACUUGUCGGUGUGGCUAAACGUGCUCGUCCAGGAAACCAAGCACGAAAUCCUUACGUUUUACAAUCCCGAAGACAAUUCAAUUGGAGUGGACAAACAACCUAAUCAUUUUUCUAUAUUCAAAAAAUGGACUACUACCACAACACAAGCACCGAUUACGUCCACGUUGGGGGCCCGGGUAGCACGAAGCCUGGACAAGGGUCCACAUCACAUAUACGAGUGCCGCAGGACCAACAUCAUCGGAUCGCUGGUGCAGAAUGCCAGCCCAUUCUUGUUCCCUUGCACCAUCGAGUACAGCCUAAUUUGUGCGGCCAUACUGUACGUCAUGUGGAAAAACAUCAACCGAGUUCACGCCGACAUCAUCUACCGGCAACGGAAGGCGGAACGUUGCGAGGACCUGGCCCAGAUGACACAAUAUCGCAAAUCGCCACACUACUAUUCGGUGGACUGCGCACAGGCACACAAAGGUCUUUUUGUCGGCAUCCUGUUCCUGGUGCUCACCAUUAUAUCGCUCAUACUGUUUUUUGUGCUAAUUUCCCGACCGGAGCUCAUCACGUUUGCGGUCAAAGAGGUCAACAUAUGCGAGCUGUCCUUGUACGGCAUGACCACACUUGCCACUAUCGUUGGAAUGCUACAGGUCCGACAGUUGAAGUUCGACGGUUUGCGCAACUUGGAACUGGACAACAUCCUUUUGGUGGGAGCUCAGACGGGCUCGUUUAUCUACAGCACCUUCACCAUUAUCAGCGGCCAUUUCACCAAAGAGCACAACACUAUCCUGGUGCUGAUCACGGCCUCGGCGUCGCUCGUGCAGACCUUCUGCCAGACGGUGUUCAUAUUGGACGCCUCCAGGCGGUCUUGCGUCACGCCCGACCAGAUCCGCAAGAAACCCGGCCGGGAGAUCGUCACGUUCCUGUUAGUCAGCAACUUAGCCAUGUGGGCCAUCAACACUUUGGAGAAGUCCCGAGCUGAUUCUCAUCCCAUUCAACUGCACUUCUACGGCUUGUGGGCUUGGACCAUCAUCACGCACGUUUCCAUGCCGCUGGCCAUAUUCUACAGGUUCCACUCGACCGUGUGCUUGUGCGAAAUAUGGAAAAGGGCUUACAAAAUAAAACCGCCUUACAUGUAGUGUAAUUAUUAAACCAUAACCCCCUAUAUAGCUCCGGCCUAUUCUGAAGCUCAACCAACAAAUGUUUCGGGUGACCCUAAACGAAAUAAUACAGUUUGUGUUUGUACACUAUUAGUUGUUAUGUCUAAUUAUCUGUACCAGCACUAUCGACAAUAAUGUCUGCUUUAAAACGUUGUAUGUUUAUCGUUAAGACAUUUUAUAAUUCAACUUAUAUUGGAAUGCAUAUGCUGUACACAUCCACAGCACAACAAGUGUUUUAAUUUUCUAAACUUAAAAAAUAUGUUGGAUCAGUAAGAGUUUAAAUGUUGGAACCAAUCUAGAGUAGCACGACCCAGGUCAAACAUAAAUGUUGACACUUGGACCUAUGUCCAUGUGGUUAUAACUACAAAUAUUGAAAUCCUUGUAUGAUCUUAAAAAUCAAAUUCGGUAGUUUUUUUGAAACACAAUGAUACAUUUUUAUAAAUAGGCUCUUAUUUAAACCUCGGUUUAACAUAACUCGUUGACUCUUAAAGACGUCCAUUAUAUGAAUAAAAGUUUAGUUAACAUAAAAAUAUGUUUCACGACUAACUAGUAUGUGCCUAAAGCGAAGUAUUCCCUGUCCAAGAGAAGAAGAAAAUAGUUUUUUACAUUGUAUUUUCACAUAAGUACUAUUUAAUAGUCGACAACAAUCAAGUACAAAUAAUUAUUAUAUUAUUUUGUUGAUAUAAUAACGAUAAACAAGUAUUUUAUAAAUUAGUAUACUUUACUGUAAAAUUUUAUUGUACUGUUAUAAAUAAUAAGUAAUUAAUGUUAUAGAUAAAAAUAUAUAAGGUCCUACGAUGUAACUAAUAAU